AUGAUGCGAUCUUUUGCUCUGCGACAAAUGACAAUGGCCUUUGGCCGCAUUCCAAACACUCCCGGAUCAAUUUCGUUGAUCACUUCGCGACACCUCUCCUCGCAAGGAGUUGCCGCUGUUGAGAACCUGCGUGAUGCACUUGAAGAAUACCGCAAGGAACACUACCGUCAAUGUUUGCCUUCCCGUUUCAAGAAGGACCUUGUCAAGGCAGCCACAAACAGAGAAAGUGGCCGCAUUGCAAUUGAUGAUUUGCAACAAGUUAUUGCUAAUAUAAGCAUGGAACACAAGAUCAGUGAACAAGAAAUGGAAACAAUAUUUCAAGAAUUGGGAGAGUCUGGCAAAAUAUCCGCUGACAAAUUCAUGAAGAUGAUCUAA